AUGGCAAGACAUCCAUUGCAGCAGGCAAUACCAAAGCAACAUCAGGUUCGAGAUCACGGCAUUUCGCGAGGUGCAAUCGCCCUGGGAGUUGCGAAUGGGUCGCGAUACCGCGUUCAGUACAAGAACCUCCGACAGCACAAAACUUGGAACGAAACUACAUAUCAGUACCAGAACACAUCCGACACAAUGUCGACGGAUCCAACGCCCUCCACGGGCACGACGAGCAUUGCGCCCGUGACGUCCACCGAAUUCUACAACCUGGACGCGAUGCUCGAUAUCGAUGAUGGUGACUUUGUCAUUACAUCGGAGCACUACCAGAAGCAGAGAAUGAUGCGCUUGCUUGGCAAGAGAAAGAUUGACUGCACGUAUCACGACGUCCGAUUCCCACCUCGCUCGGACGGCGACUGCUUGCUUGAGUACUUCAAGAGCGAGGCAGAUGGUAAAGCCAAGGACGGACUGAUGGUCGUGUACUUCCACGGUCGAUGCUGGGGAAAUGGUCAGAACUACCGCUGGGAAUUCAAAGGUUUCCCCAACCCCGAGAUCGACGCGUACCAGCUCAUUCAGUGGAUGCUCGACUCCGGACUCUCCUGGUUCCUGAUCCUCGACGGCUUCUUCCCCACCAAUUUCCACGAGCAAUGGAAGCCCACAGCUGACGAACACGGCAGCGUAGAAAUUCUCGCUUCUGGUCAAGGCGCCAUCGGCAGAGACCAGAAGCAGGUCGAAGGCUCCCCCGGUGACUUCACGCGUAAGCUGUGCACUCACAUGAUGCAAUUCGCAAACCGCAUCAGCAUUCCCACGGAGAUCUUCAAGGAUGAGGAGACGGGGGACAAGUACAAGCACCCAGGCUACAAAAACUUCAAGGCGCCAAUCUCUCUCAACGAAUUGCUGGGAAACGUCAAACUCCUCGACUCCAAACCCAUUCGUCUCUGGCUCGGCGAGAAGCGUACCUCUGCCAAGAAGCGAGUUAUGAUUGAUCCUUGCCACCUGAGAGCUUCCGAGGAGAUUCCUGGUGAUGCGCAGGGAAAGUAUACCUUCCACGUCAAGACCAUUCCGGGUUUGCCGUCUAAGCGGAAGUUUGGUGCGAUGAAGGGGGAACCUGCAAGCGAGGAGGACUCCAGUGUCCGCGCUGCUAUCGAGUUCGAAGCUCCCGUGUUCGUCGACGAAGGCUAUGGAGAGGGUCGUCGCUCUGAGAGUCCCGGGCUCUUUGUGAAGGAUUAA